CCCACUGCGGGGUAGGUUUAGGCUUACAAAUCUUAGGCCCGAGAUAUUGCGGGUCUUGCGGGUUGGUCAAUUUCGGGUAUGGGCCAAUGCGGGGCGGGUCGACGCGGGUUUGCGGGGCAUUCGAGACCCGCGUGUCUUUAUCAGUUUUGUUUUUUUUUUUUAUGUAUGAACUGUUUUGUUUGAAACUUUGAUUGUUUUAAAGUCUUACUGUUUAUUGUCAUUUGUCUUAUAAGUUGCUUGAUAAUUUUAUACAAUAAAGGAGGCUUGCCUCUCUCCUCCUUCCUCCACGUCCUCAAGAUGAUAUGGGCAAAUCUGGACACGUGUACAACUUUUUUAGAUGAUUCUCGCUUUCUGACUUUAUUCUGGUAGUGGACCAACUUUUUGAUACAAUUUUAUUAUCUGGCCCAAAUCUUCUUUCCGUUCAUUUGUAGCCCAUUUCUCCCCACCCUGAUCAGCCUGAUACGACGGAGAACGCCGUCGAUCUCCUCUGCUAAGACUUUACUGUUCCGCUUCCCCUCCCUUUGCUGCGUUUAAGAAACGUCCACACUAAUGGCUUUCAAUCAACGAUACCCACUACAUCAUCUUUAAUGCCUUAUUAUCAAGCUCUCUCAGGGGAUUAUAUAUAUGCAGAAGAUGAGAUAUUUUUCAUGUGCAUCGUCUUGCUCCUUUAAGAUUACUGAAACCAGUCAUCGGAAACAAAGUCGUCAAACUAAGCUCUGCUCAAAAGCUCCUCCAACGAAAAAGAUUCUUUCGGGUUGGUGGUUCUGGAGUGAACAUGAGAAGCACAGCCAAGGUAAUCGUUUUGUUUUAUUUACACGUUGACAAAAAAAUUAGCAAAUUUCCUGUAAAAUAGAAUCAGAAUGACAAAGCUUACUGAUCUCUGUUUGGUUUACCUUUACACUCUCCCUGGACCUGCAACCCAACCAUCAAAAUUCCUAAAAAGGAACUAUGAUUGUUCCAACACUGGUGAAGCUCCUGGGAAAAACAGUGAAGUGAUCUUAUAGGACCAUACCAUUAUAGUGUUGGAGCUGACAAGUCUUUUGGAAGGGAAGGGACAUCGUUGAUUCUCACUUCAAGGAAUGUUUGUAUGCCGGAAUUAACACCAGUACAGAUCAAUGGAGAAGUCAUGCCUGGUCAGCGGAUCUAAUAAGGGACGCUGAAUGAUUUUUCUAGAUUACACCCAGUUCCGUAACACCGCUUAAGUAUCCGUACCAGAUGUAUGUUGCGUCAUUUAUCCCUACUACCAGAUAAAUGUAGCUGUCAUUUAGAGAAGAGAUUUUUUGGGAUUGAAUAAAUGUUCUGUCUCGAUCAACCUGCAAUGUAGCUACUCUGAUGGGUGAAUAUACUCAUAUACCCAAGAAUUCAGCUGCAUAACAUCUUCACCUAGGAACGAGAGAUUGUGAUUCUCAAGCUAUGGUUUCCAAGCCAUCUCUCUCGAUUCCAAGCUAUAAUUUAUUAAUCUUUAAUAUGUAAUGUUGCAAUGUCAUAUAUAACUUGAUGUCUGAGUUACAAAGGGUGAGUUUUGGCUUUGCUUUUAGAUUCCAAGAAUAUGUGAGGGGAAAUAGACAAUUCUAAAAGGGAGUUUGGAAAACAUUAUAGGUCUAAGAUCAAUAAGAAAACUAAGUUGACAAGGAGCAAAAUAUUUGAAAACAAAGCCGCAAAACGUAUUAUAGUUUUACACCAUUAAAUUUCACUUGCUUUUCUAUAAGAGCUUUCAACUUUUUCAAAAGAUAUUAAUUAGGAUACUGAUGCAAAAAUUUCGUGCACGAACUUAAAAAAUUUAUAUGUCACCGUGACAACCUAUAAAACAUAUGUAUCUUAUGUUACUACUAUAAGCCACAACCUAUAAAAGUGUACUCAUGGUAUCUUAUGUUACUACUAUAAGCCACAACCUGUAAAAGUGUACUCAUGGUGUAAAUAACACAGUGAAGGUUAUUGUAUCAAAUCCAAUGUCAGAAACCGGACUUUACAUAUUCAAUGAAUAAAGAUAGAUGAAGUCUUUUUUUCUUUGAACACCAAAAUAUAUGAAGUCUAAUAUCUAAAUUCACAUGGCACUAAAAUCUUUAUAAUUGUAUACUAUGAACAACAUAUACAAUAUAAAACUACAUACAAAAAAAAAACAAAAAAAUACAGAUGAAAGAAAAAAUAGAUUGAAUAUAUAAAAUACUUAUAUAUCAAAGAUAAGAUCCUACUGUAGACACAUUAGUCCUAUUUCAACUAAUGUACAGGGAAAGAUAAUCAAACUCAUACGAAGAUAACGAUGUGCUUCACUCAGCUAAAACUAACAACGAGAAAGAGUAUAAUUAAAUUAGUACAAAUGUUAGAAAACACGUAUGAUAAAAAAUACAAACAAAAACAUAUAGAAAAUCUCAGAAAAAAAACAGAUCAAAAUAUUUAAAAUGUCAAAAUUAAGCUAAAUAAAUAUAAAACCGUAAUUCAUUUAAUAAUAAAACAUGCGAACCCGGCGCGUAGCGCCGGAAUACCACUAGUGAUAGUUAUAAACUUAUAAUGUUUGAUAAUGUUCUCUCCCAUAGUUUGCUACUAGUUUCAUCUACGUUAGAGCUUAUCUUUAUGGUACGUACAUGAUAUUCAUUAGUUUCAAAACUCAAAAGUUAAAUAGUCUAGUAUAAGGCCAUCAUUAGUAUCUAGUUGAAGUUUUCAGUUAUUCUCUCUGAUGAGUCUACAACUCUACAACUCUACAACGUGUUUCGUAACUACAAGUUGUUUGCGAUACUAUCAGCAGUGACGGUAACGAUCUCUUCAAACAGAGAAACAGAGGCAAACUAUCAUGGGAAACUCUCGUAAAACUCUUAACUUUUUGUUUAUCAUCAACAGUAUCUUCUUCAUUGUCAGUGAUCUUCCUCGGAUUGCCUUGAUUCUCUUCCCAAUCGAAAGGAAUCAAAGAACGUUCGGAGAAGUUUAUUUUUGCCUCCUCCUUGUACCACUCUGUGGUUCUUCGUGGGCUUAUUGGUGCGCUUAAGAAGCAGCCAGUGAAUUUUCUUUGCGAAGAUGGAGCAGCUAAGCUCAUCACUUCCAUUUUUUCUUUUUCUGUCUUUCUGAAAACUGUUUGAUUUGCGAUGAGUUCUGAGAUGUCUCAAGGUCAAUGAGAAGAAGAGAACUAAUGAAGACUGCAUUUUCACUACCCACGGGCCGGACCGCAAAUUCCUAUGUAGCAAGCGGGGCAGGUUUGGGUAGAGGUUUGGGAACCGCGGGUUACGGCGGGCUGACCCGCAAAGAUCUGCCAGAGAUAGAGACCGCAGCGGGGCAGGCCACGGCGGGGCGGGUUGUCCCAAUUGCCAUUCCUAAUGAAGAUUGCAAUUUGCAAUCUUCAUCAAAUGUUUCACCUCCCUCAUUUAGUACUGUUAAAAUAAUCCAUUCAAAAGAAAUGAUUCAGUCACAUGACAGAAAAUGGUCCUUUAAAAAAUUAACAUUUAAAAGUCCACAAACAAGUUAAUAGUUACAAGUAAAUAUUCACCUGGGGUAAAAGUAUAGCGUGGAACAACUUCUUCAAACUACGUUGACUUAUCGCUAAAGCCAAGCUGUCUAGAAUGUUUAAACGGGAGCUCAUUUACCUGUCUAAAGAUAUAAGCUCAGACAAUGAAGGAUAAGACCAAACUAGACCCAAAUAAUAUGAAAUAUGAAACUUCGGCGUUUCAGAGGCUUAAGCUGGAGUCAAAAAAUCAAAAUCCCCUAAAUCAGAAAACCCUAAUCAGGAUAGUUUUUUGAGUAUUUGAGUCGUUUUAACCAAUAUCAUAUUAGUAAGCUCACUAUCCCUCAAGUUCAGUAUUCUCUGGUCGAUUAUCAUCUCUCAUCAAUAUAACAAAUAGGAAGAUUUUUGUAAGUGGGGUUAUUCAUUUUAUUCUGAAAUUUGACAAAUUUAAAAGCUAUUAAAAUAACAAUAUGAGCUAUUUUAUAGUUUUCAAAAUUUUAUGAUGAUUUUGUGUAAAAUAUGUCAUGUUUUGUAGACUUGUGUCCUUUUCUAUAUGAGAUUACAAUAUUUUUUUUAUCAUUAGAGUAGAUUAACUGUAAAAAAUAAUGGCAUGCAUUUUAAUCCAAUCAUAACAUGCCAAAAUGUCUUUUUGAUUGGAAUCCACCAGGCCGUUUUACGGUUUGUAUUGACAGUCAGUUUGACUAGCGACUGCAAAACCCAAUUUUUUUUCUUCAUGUUAUUAUGUAUAACCAUUGUACAAAUCAAUAGUGUACAAGAGGUUGACGAUUAUUUGUUUGAAUUUGAUCAAUAAAAUGUUUUAUUUUGGGCUAUGCUUAUUAGGAUUUUUAUAUUAAAAUGAACAUGUUUAUUUUGAACAUAAGGAGGCACAAAUUUCUCCAAUCACUCCAUGAAGAUCACAAUAAUUUCUUCAGUUUAUGAAUACAAGCUUUCUUUUUGUCUAAUUUUUACCAUAUUUAUUUAUUCUUUGUUUCUGAUAUGUUAUAGUUUUUUAUAUUACAUAAUAUUAUUAUGAUUUAUUUUGGAAUUUACAAUUUAUUUUAAAAUCACAACUUGUUUAUGACAUUUAAUUAACGAAUUAUGUUUCAAGUGUCAUUUGCUUUUCAUAUUAUAAAAUUUAGUAUAAAACACACAAACUUUUUAUUAUGAGUAAUCGCGAUUGAUAUUUGUUUCACGUUUCACCCAAUACAAACUAAUUUCAGUUAAAAAGUUAUGUAAAUAUUGUAUUGUUUAAUGAGAAAUAUGAUUUUAUUUUAUUUUGACAAAAAUGAUUAAUUUUAAUUAAAUUUGUACUUUUAGAUAGAUGAUUAUUUAACAAUAUAUAUAACUAUUACUUUUAUGUGUAUAAUUGUAUAUCAGAUAUCUGAAUACUUACUCGAUCUUCGAUUUGGUUUUACUUUGAUUUUAGUUUUCACAAGUAUAAGGAAAUAAAACCAUUCGACUAUGUGUAUGUGUGUUCCAGUUCGGUUUUUCAUGUUAUGCAGUGAAUCUCGAAGCAAAUGUGUUAGUUUUGAGUUCAUGAUAGUUAGUAACUGGAAAAAUUAAAUCAGUCUAGAGAUAGAAAGUCUCCACGGAAAUGGAGAGGAAAUUUUGCAUAGGAUUAUACUAACAUGUAUGAUUUUUUUUGUUUAUACUAAUAAAUCAACAUCAAAUGGGAUCUCAACAAAACAUGUUUAUCUUGUCAAAACGAAUAUGAUCUAUUGCCAAGAGUCAUCACCAAUGCACUCAGACAUGUUAAUCCCAAGUAUCUUCUCAAUCACAUGUAUUUAUGUGGUGAAAGUUAUCCGUUAUAUGAUAAACCUAAAGUUGCCUUCAGAUAUGCACCCAAAAGAUAUUGAUUGUGCGAAAAUUGUUCUAUUUUAGCUGAUUCUAUUCGAUAUAUUUUAAAGAAAAUUUAUGUACAUCGUUUGAAGAAAAAAGAUGAGACUCCUGCUCUUACACUAGUUAUAGUGACAAAUGUCAAAAUGUUCUCAACAAGAUGUCACCGUCAUAGAUCUAUGAAACAAAUGAAAAACUAUAUUGUUAGCUCAACUUCAAUGAGCAAGCUCAAACUUCCAGAUAGGCUUCCAUGUUGCAUGGCUUGUGUCAAACUUGGUUUGUGGAAGGUACCUAUACAUACAAAACAUUUAUUUGAGAAGAGAUGGAAGAAGGAAAUGCUUUUUGGGAGGUUCAACUUGAUAAUUGAUGAUUUGUGAAUUUUAAUAGAUUAGUUUGAUGGUCUAAAAACUAGUGGGUCUGUUCUUUUGUGUAAGAAGUAAUAGAUUUGUGUUGGUUUAGUUAAUGAACCUUUUGUGAGUUAAAAAAAAAAUCUAGGCCAAAUCAGGAUUUAAUCUCUUUUAGUCUUCUAAGCAUACAAAAAAAUCUCAAACAGUCUCUUCUAUUCUGUGUGGACCUCUUAUACAUAAAAUUACGAUCUAACCAACUUAUAAUAAAAAUAUUAAUUAAAACCCAAAAAUAUGUUAGUGAAUGUUUUCUUCUUCAUCCUCCAUGAAAUCUCAAAAGCAAGUUGUAGUUUCUAAACUGUUUCUUUAGAAUUUUUUGUCGUUGAAAUAUCUUUAGAUUGUUUCAUUGUUUCUUUUGAUUUUUAUUUUUAUGUGUUGUUGUAAAUUUUCCAUUAGACGCACAAUUUUUUUAUUUAUUUAAUUUAUAUUUUCAGUUGAGAUAACUUCGUAGAUUUAAUUUAAUUUAUGCGGAUAAGAUUUUCUACCGAAAAGAAAAUCAUCUUCUCGGAGAAUGAUUAUGGUAGUUGGAGAUACUUCUGGAUGAGUCAACUCGGUAGUGAACUCUUGGGAGAAGAAAGAAUCGCCGAAUUGGGUUUUCGAUGUUGAUCAUUCUCCAAGUAGAAACGAAGACAAUGCUCAUAAUUUUCCGAGAUAACAGUAUAAAAGAAAAACAGUUAAUAAAAAACAAAUAUUUUAAAUUAAUUAAAGGGUUAAUUUGUGUACUAGCCAAUUUUGAGAGCAAAAUUAAGAAUAUGGCAUUGAUGUUGACAUAAUUAGUUCUCCUAUCAUUUUCUUCUCUUUCUUCCGGUUUUCUCCUUUUUCUAAGACGGUAGACGGUGAUAACACAUAAAGAUCAUGUGUCACUAAAUGAAAAAAUAAAAUAAAAAGAGUUGUUACAGUGAUGGUGUUUAUGGCAUAGGCGAUGAUGGUGUUUACGGUGGUGGUGACCAUGGUAGUAGUUACAGAGGAAGAGGAAGUUACGGUCAUAGAUAUGGAAGAAACAAUGACUUUUUUUGUAGCAGUAGAUACUGUUGUUAUGCCGUGGUGGUCGUCGUUGUGGCAAAAGAAAAAAAUUUGUCGUAGAUGGAGACAAAGUAAUGGCCUUUUACAGCAUAGAUUACAAAAUGGUAUGGAACAAACUAAAUGGAAUGAAAACUAAAUAGAAUGGAAACUAAAUAGAUAUGGAAGAAACAAUGAAAUUAUCAAAUAGCGGGGCAUCAGAUAAUGUUUAUCCUAACAUCAACCCCUUUCAUAAACUAAACCCAAAAUAGUAAUCACUAAACCCUAAAAGGUAAAUAUAAACCCUAACCCAAAUAUCAAAAUAUGUAAAUAGUACAUAGUAUGAAAUAUUAUUAAAAUAGAAUAGCAAUAAACAAAAUAUCAUAUAGUAUUUCAACUGAUCUAAACAUAAAUCGAUGAUGUGAAGAAGAGAAUCGAAGGCGUCUCGACCAUAACACCGUUGUGGUCUAUAAAGUUUAGAAGUAGAAACGUAGCAUAAAAACGAUAUAUGAAGCAGAGAGUCAGAGACGAUGUAUGGUGGUGAUGGAAGAAGAGCCGUGGUGGUUGGUAACUGAAGAAGAAGAAGAAGGUAUUUUAAUAUUUCAUUAACCGGAUACGAAGGGUAAUAUAGUAUAUAUUAUAGAAGUAAUGGAUGUACUUUUUUUUUGGUUAGAUAUUGAAUUAUGCUUUAUUUUGUAGUUAUCCAACCUAAUUUCCCUUAAUUAAAUACUAUAAAUGGAAGAAAAUUAGGGUAAACCACUUUGAGUGUGAGGCUGUGAGCACUUGAGCAGCAGAGGGAAUUAAAAAAUGGAGAUGCGGGGGAUCGAACCCCGUGCCUCUCGCAUGCAAAGCGAGCGCUCUACCAUUUGAGCUACAUCCCCAAUUGAUAUAUUAUGUCCAACCGUUCAAAAUAUUAUAUUACGUACAUACGACGUCAUAAAGGAGCUAAAAGUUCGUUAAGUUAGUUAUAAAUAAUUGCAGGAAAAGCCAAGAAUUGCGCAGACACUUAGACACCUCGGAUCUAAAGGUUGAGAUUCAGUCUUCUUCCGCCAUUCGCGAACCAUCUUCAAACCUCUUAUUAUAUACUUACUUCUCCCCUCUUUGCCGACACCACAGAAACCAAGAUCUCUGUUUCCGACACAUUAUCGUGACAAAAGAUGUCGUCAGGAUCCGACAAAGAAAGAGAGACAUUCGUCUACACGGCUAAGCUCUCCGAACAAGCCGAGCGUUACGACGAGAUGGUUGAGACGAUGAAGAAAGUGGCGAAAGUGGACAGCGAGCUGACGGUGGAGGAGAGGAACCUGUUGUCGGUUGGGUACAAGAACGUGAUCGGAGCAAGACGGGCUUCGUGGAGGAUAAUGUCGUCGAUCGAGCAGAAGGAAGAGUCUAAAGGCAACGAGACGAACGUGAAACACAUCAAGGGUUAUCGCCAAAAGGUGGAAGACGAGCUCGCUGAUAUAUGUAAAGACAUUCUUUCCAUCAUCGAUCAGCAUCUUAUCCCUCACGCUACCUCAGGAGAAGCCACUGUUUUCUAUUACAAGAUGAAAGGAGAUUAUUACCGUUACUUGGCUGAGUUUAAGACCGAGCAAGAGAGGAAGGAAGCCUCUGAACAGUCGCUCAAAGGCUAUGAGGCUGCAACACAAGCUGCAAGCACUGAUCUUCCUUCGACGCACCCGAUUCGUCUUGGUCUUGCUCUUAACUUCUCUGUUUUCUACUAUGAGAUCAUGAACUCUCCUGAAAGAGCUUGCCAUUUGGCCAAGCAAGCCUUUGAUGAGGCGAUUGCGGAGUUGGAUACGCUGAGUGAGGAGUCUUACAAGGACAGCACUUUGAUCAUGCAGCUCCUUAGAGACAAUCUCACCCUCUGGACUUCUGAUCUUCCUGAGGAUGGAGGAGAAGACAACGUCAAGUCUGAUGAACCCAAUCAAGAACAUUGCAAGAUCAUAGAAGCCACUGAUAAAUGAUCAGAGGCUUUGGAAGUUGAAUGAGUUUAGAUUAAACUCCACAUCUUGGUUUCAUCAGGGAGAUGAGACAAAUGAAUUCAAAUUUUAUAUUGU